AUGAGCAUGAGCAGCAUGCGCAGCGAGAUAUCCACACUCUCCUCUGCUAGCUAUUCACGCUCAGACGCCCUCGAGGACCUCCCUUACGUACAUCAUAUCCUACAGCUCUUUCUCUCCAGCAAGAUGAUGGAAGCCGAGGAUCUCGUCAGAGAGGGCGACCCGAAGCAGGAACGGCUCUAUUUCUCCACCGCUUGGUCCAUCAUUCAGGCUAUAAAAGCCAUGAUGUCGUUCGACGACAAAGAACUCGCAGAAGCUAUUGAAGACGCAAAGCAUACGACCGAAGUCGCCCAAAGGCACCGAAAGCCCUCCCUAGGCCUGGCUUCGCGUGUCGCUGGCCUCGUAGUGGGGGGCACGGGUGCAGCGUUCAUACGGGGUAUGACGGAUGUGGAAAGGCACGCAGAGCUCGUAUAUGCAGAGACGCUGCUUAUCAAGGCCGUCCUGGGUAUCGUCAGCAGUGGAGAUUGGCUCGCCUUCGUGAAAGAAGCGCUGCACAUGCGAUCGGCACUGAACAUCUACAAACACCUAGACCAGUUUGUUCAACAGGCGGAUAAGGAAGCCUUUGAGCGCGGAGAGGGGGAAGCCGAGGAUAUCGACCAGGAUUUCCGGUCCGGCGUCCUCCUAGGAAUGGGGAUCAACUCUCUUGUCCUCUCCCUCCUCCCUAGCAAAGUCAUCACCAUCGUAGAACUAUUCGGGUACAAGUCCAACCGUCGUCAAGCGCUCAAGACACUCGCUAAGCCCGGAGGGUGGAGCAGGUCCGCCCCCUCCCCGCAAUCGACGCAGAGCACGAAGGCAUCCGACGCUGCGUCUUUCGCGGAGAAGAUGCUUAAUUGGAAUCUGGAGCGUUUUCCCGAGGGCGUGUUCUACCUAUUCAUGCAAGGCCGGCUGCACGUCUCCCAGUCCCAGCCCCGGCUCGCCAUAGCUGCGUACGACCGAGCCGCCCAGAUCCAGAAAGAAUACGUGCAGCUGCAACACGUCGCAUACUGGGAACAAGGGAUCCUUAUGAUGUCGAUGGGGGAUGUCCUUCCCGCCGUCUCCUGCUGGCGGAAACUCGUUUCCAGCUCAUCAUGGAGUAAGGCCGUGUACACCUACGCCCUCGCCUCCUGUCUCGUGCACCACGGUAACCCCUCCCAGAUAGCGGAAGCAGAACAGCUCAUGAAGCUCGUCCCGACGUACAAGCAACGCAUAGCAGGCAAGUCGAUCCCGAUCGAGAAAUUUGCAGCUCGCAAGGCGCGCAAGUUCCAGUCUCAGGGCAAACGCCUCCUUCUCCCGGCAUUCGAGUUCGCGCUCGUCAUGCAAGUUAUGGGACGUAUGACCCCAAAGAUCUUGCAUGAGAACGUGCUUCCUCUUGUGAGGAAAGAGAUCCAGGCGCUGAGGAGUACACAGCCGAAGGACUGGGGCAAUGGCACGGGCUACUGGGACGACCUUGCUCUUGCGCGAUACAUGGAAGGUGUGGUGUUGCGGUACAUCGCCUACCCAGAUCCCGACGCAGUAUUGCAGGAAUCGGACAAGGUUAACAUCUCCCAGAAGGAGACAGCCGAAGCGUCGCUCGCGGCCUUCCAGGAAGUGCUGGACAACGGGUUCAAGGUCGAACUUGAUCAUUAUAUCGUAUACUACACUCAUUAUGAUCUUGGCCGACUCCACGCCUGUCUUGGGAACGUGCCCGAAGCAAAGCGCCACUUAGAGUUGGUCAUGUCGGGGAAGACACUCGAAGUGAACGCCAGUGGCAAAAAGGGAAAAUACAGUCUCGAGAAUGCGCUCAUGGUACGUACGCAUGCCGCAAGUGAGGCGAUCGACGAGGGACGUGGUGUGUAAGCGCCACAAGUGUCUCGAAAAGAGCGUCUAUUCUGUGCCGCCCAGAAGCUCCAGUUCUCUUCCCAACCAAUUGGACGCCGUCCCUCACAGCCAGCAAGGGCAUGGCCACACUGCGACUCUCACAUGGUGGAGCUAUUGCGAACUUUUUAGUCUUGGUAGACAACUUGAGAGCCUUGUGUUCUCCGCACCUGCAUCU